AACCUCCGGUCAGGUCUGCAACACUGGUGAUUGGUCCAUUCGUAUCCUCAUCUCCCUCGCCUUUCUGGGCCACUCGCAACGCAUCGCAAGGCUAAGAUCACCAUGACCAACAGUUUGGCUCUCGUUGCGCUGGUCGUCGCGAGCUACACGGCUAUGCUGGCUUCGGCCACGUCCUUCAAUGUCGGCGACGAUCAGGGCUGGAUGACUGGCGUCGACUACACCGCCUGGGCCAGCGGCAAGACGUUCGCGGUCGGAGACAAACUCGUGUUCAACUACGCGACCAAGGAGCACACGGUGACGGAGGUGAGCAAGAAGGACUACUACGCGUGCUCCGGCAACAACGCGCUGAGCAACGACGACGGCGGCUUGACCAACGUCACGCUCACGGCCCCCGGCACGCGCUACUUCAUCUGCAACGUCACCGUUCACUGCACCAUCGGCAUGAAGCUCGCCGUUACCGUCGCCGGGGGCGACUCGCCCUCGACGCCACCAGGCGCCACGCCAACAGGAGCCGGCGCGGGCUCCCCGGUUCUGGCGAUGGGCUCCGUUGUCGCCGCCGCGGCCGCGGGGGCUCUGAUCAAGCUCGCGCUGCACUGACGGAGCACGACUGGCAGCGAUGCACGCAGGCCGUUGAUGAUUCUUGUGAUCAUACAUCAGUAUUCGACCACAUUUCUGACACAUUUUCCCAGCGAUUGCAGAUCGCAAUUGUGUGUGCUUUAGAUGUGUGUCGUGUGUACCAGUGUCUCGUCGUCGUAUCUGAUCUUUCCGCACAGCCUCGAGCAGCAGCAAAUGCUGCAUCUCAGGCUCUCAGCCGAGGCAACAUUUGCUGCUCCUCUGGGGAUCCGGAUCCCCCGACUUCAGGGGAUGAAGUCAUGAGUGAACAGUAAUUUGUGAGUAGA